UACCACUUAAAAACAUUUUAUGAACAUAUUUUAUUCAAAGUUUCUAUUGUACUGCAGCACAACAAUGUUUACGUAAAAUUCGUAACAACGGGUGAUUGUGGUUUUUAUUGUAAAGCGGAACAGCUCGCUUGUGACAUGAUGUCAUGAAGUAAAUCAGGAUCUAGACAACAAUUAUGUCAAUGAGAGGUAGUAGAAGUUAUGCAACGUCUACAGACAUUCCGAUUCCAAGGGUUAAAUUUAAGGAUGAAGACAAGAAAAGUAGAGAAAACUACAUUAUAAUUAAAACUAUCGAGAUUGUUCGAAAUUCAAACGAGUAUAAAUCUUCAAAAGAACUAAAACUUGCAGACUUCGACAUUAAGGCAAAAGGCUUUAAUGAAAAUCAAAUAUGUCCCCUUUUUCGAAAGUACGACUCAAGAGACUUUAUGAUCGCUCGAUUUGAUUCCAAAUGCCCCAAGCAGGUGACGACCCAGAUUUUAAGCACAGGCGUUGACGUGUGUUAUGAAAAGAAACCGGAGUCGAUAGAACGGUACACGUUCUUUGCACAUAGUGCAAGUCAGCUGCGCUCUCGUGUUUGCCUUCUUUAUAACAAUAAUCCAAAUGUUGGAAAGGCAGAAGACAUUAUAUCCAAGUUUGGGGAUUUUGAUAAGAUAAAAACGUCUGCGAAACGUGCUGCUCGAAUUGGAUUGCUGCUUUCCACCGCGGGCAAGACAGUCGAACUAAAGGACGAAGAUAUCUCCCGCAUUGGUGAUGUAGAGCGAAAAGGGUACACGUUUACCGACGGUUGUGGAUACAUCUCGCCUGGCGUAGCCCAGCAAGUUGUUACAUGUUUAGGCAUCUCCGAAAAGUUCAAACAUCAAAAAUACCCAUUUCCUUCAGUUUUGCAAGUUCGUUUACUGGGCUGCAAAGGGGUGUUGGCCCUCAAACCAUCUUUAGAGAAGGGGGUGGAGGUUCGCAAGUCUAUGGAGAAAUUCAAUUGGUUAUUGCCGGGUCCACAUCCACUUGGUGUCGUAGACAAAGGCUAUUCGAGGCCGUAUGAAAUUGGAUCGUUGAACAAACAGUUCAUUUUGCUUCUUUCCGCUCUUGGUAUUAAAGAUGAGGUGUUCCUUAAAAAACAAAAGACUUACUUUCAGGAAAUAAAGUCGUUAAGAACUAACAAAGAAACAGCGUUUACCUAUCUCUGUGCAUUUGGUGAAAUUGAUAUCGCGGAACGUUUGCUGAAAUCCACUGAGGAGAUUGAUUCUAUUGAUGACAUCGUUUUAAAAAAGAUAAAUAGCAUCCAGCAAAGAGCUUAUUCUUCUCCAAAAACGAGCGACAGCGAAUUGGAAAAGAAAAAGAAGACUCCAGCAUUGAGAUUAAAGAUUCCUAUAGAAAAAUCGAGAAAUGUUUACGGCAUAAGUGAUCCCUCAGAAAAUGAUUUGAAGUACGGAACUUGUUUCUUUCAACCCACCAUUCGUGGGGAAGCAAAACCCGUUGUGGGUAGAAUUUUAGCCGCAAAAAAUCCCUGUUAUAGUCCUGGAGAUGUUCGCGUGUUAGAUUGCAUAGACGUCCCUUGCUGCCAUCACCUAGUCGACUGUAUUGUAUUUCCAACGGACGGAGAAAGACCGCAUCCUGACGAGAUAGCCGGAAGUGAUCUCGAUGGUGAUAAAUUCUUUGUUUGCUGGGAUCCUGAUCUAGUUCCUUACGAGAGUCACGAUCCUGUUUCGUAUCCCGCAGCGAAAGUGCCCCCACAGAAGAAUAUUCAACAAAAAGAUUUGAUAGCUUAUUUUGCGCGGUAUUCUAAUUCAACCAUUGGCAAAAUCGAUUUCCUCUUUUCCCGCUGGGCCGACCAAAAAGGCGUUGCUUCGAUGGAGUGCCAGGAGUUGUCAGCAUUGUUUUCAAGGGCUGUGGAUUCAGCUAAGACUGGAGAGAGGGUUAACAUUCCCAAACAUCUUCAAAUAGCGUCAAACCCAAAAGAUGAUUUGCUGAAGGGAAAUUUCGUUUGGCACCAAAUGGCCGCAGAAGCUUCGUUAUUUAUCGAAAAUAAGGUGAUAGGACCUGAGAUUUAUCACGAUAUGCAACUGACUGCGGGAACUUUGAAAAAUAUUCUCUCAAACGAGCUCAUUAGUGUGAGUGAUUACCAGUUGUUUAGAUUUCUUUGUAAGUGGGCAGAUCUGGAACAUGAUGAAGAAUCAGAAUCACAAGUGUCGCAAAUUGCGAAAGAAUGCAUCGAUUUUACUACAUUUUCGUUACCCCAGCUUCGUCGAGCUCAAAUCGAUUGCCCUAGUUUAGGUAAGCACGUUCUUCUAAAUCCUUUUAUCCGUUCAAGCAUUCUCUCUGAAAGUGAUUGGCAGGUUCUUAUCUCACAACUUUCUGACCAACACUCUCGUUACUCGUUGGUGCUCCGUGCCUGCGCCGAGGAAUUCCCGUGGGAUAUUCUCAACAAUAUUCUGACAUCUGGGCUCGCAAAAAUAUUGGUUUUUAAAUUCCUUAUUGGGAGCGUGGAAUGGGUUUGCGUGCUCAAUAUACCACAGCAGCUCCAAUCUCGGGAUACACUUGAGGUGGAUGAAUCUGAACAUAUUCUACCACGAGCGUUCCUGUUCAUUCAUCAAGAAAAUCCAAUUUCAGAAAGGUUAAUUCUCGAUUCCACGUACUCCUUUUUGUUGGAAAAUCAACGAUUGCAAAUCUAUCAAGGAACUAAAACAAGAACUUUCAUUAGCUUCAAUAUUAACGACGCAAAUGACCUAUCUGUUGUCAGCGUCGAUUUAAAUCGAUUUGAUACAAGGCUGUCAAGAAAGUUUGGUGGAAUCCGAGUAAGAAAAGAAGCGUUUGUAGAGCUGGAAGUUUACUGUCUAGAUCCUUAUGGAUUUCCAAUAUCAAAAAUUCACUUCACUGAGCCCCCAACCUCGCUUGCUCAAAGAGACGAAUCUGAGAUCACUUUGGAAGUUACAUUUCAAAGCGUCGAAGAAGAUUUUCCAAAUUUGGGAGAUGAGUACAGCGGAAUCUACUUGGAAGCACAGGAGGAAAUGACUAGAUUACACAAUCUUCAUGACACCAGUUCCUUAACAACAGGCGCUUUUACCAUUUUUAGUGAUCUGCUGGAGAGAAUGGAUGAUCCUCUGGAGCGUCACGAUUGGACAUGCAAGCUCGAGUCUUUACUUGAUGAAUGUGGUAUAAAAUAUGGCGAUGCAGAGAAAUACCAGACUUUAAUGUUGUAUCUUUUGGAGGGAUUGAAGAAGUGUAGUUCUCGUGUUAUUUCAGGUAUUAAGGUCAACAUAACCCUACUUGGCCGAGUUCGAAGAGUUUUGAACCGUAUGAGAGAAAACGACGUUCAAUUUUCUGUUGAAAAUAUCAUGGAACUAUUUGGAAAACUACUAUUUGUGCACGACUAUUCCACGUCGAUAUAUGUGGUGCGUCUUCUUCAGCAAGGUUUAUUUCCCAUUUCGAAAGACGAGUUUUCGGUUCAUGAGGAUUCAUACUCCUAUUUUAUCCACUGGAGUAGUCUCUUGUACAUGGAGAUCCUUGAAGAUGUAAAAGAGCAAGAGUACUUAGAAAUGGGAGGUCAAUCUGUUGCCUGCGAAGGUAAAGUUUCAAUGGAAAUAGAAAAAGAAGAUGGUAAUGAUGACAGUGAUGGUAAAACUAAAGCUACUAAGAACAACAAUCAGCCUAUGUGUACAAUUUUUGUAUUUAAUGGGGAAAUUAAUUGCUUGGUGGGCGACUACCUUGCACUUAGUCCGAGAAACGCAUAUUCUGCCUUUCGUGAACGAGAGUACAUAAUGGAAGUGAAAAAGAGCGCGGGAAAACAUCUUUACGCCGAUCCCGUAUGGCCAAAUGACAAGGGUGUUCCGGACAGACUCUCAAGAUCCCCCGGAUGGAAAAUUUCGCCAUUCCCAAAUUUAGUAUCGUACAACAGAAUGCUCGAAGCGCUGAAGAAACUCUGUACAGAAACCACACUUGAAAAUGUGGGUAUCUUUGGUGAGCUUUUGAAUACCUGGAGUGGGACAAAAAGCGACAGAGAAAUCCAUGAAGAUGAACAGCGAAUACCGAAAAAUUUCGAAAAAGAUGCAUGUGGAAGCAAAGACGGAGAAGAACCUGAAAUUAAUGAAGGCGCUAGUCGUAGAGAUUCCGGUCUUAAUCCGAGUCAAGAAAACGCCGUUCAACAGGCAUGUGAAAAUUCCUUAACGUUGAUCCAAGGUCCACCAGGAACAGGAAAAAGCAAGACGAGCGCAAAUAUUAUUAGGAAACUCUUAGCACAAAAUCGGGAAGAAAAAAUUCUCGCUGUUGCGGAAACGAAUGAGGGUGUGGAUAAUUUAUUAGAGAAAAUUGUUCAAGUGUCUGAUGAUAUUCCGCAAAGUCAAAUGCUCCGGAUCGGUAGUUCAACCUGGAUGGUGAGGGAAAGUUUGCGAGAGUAUUCAUUGGAAUCACGAUACGAAGAGAGAUCAAAAGGGAAGCGGGUUAGAGAAGACUGGAUGGAUAAGAAAAUUGUCAAAAAGAUCCUAAAAGAAGCCAGAGUUGUUUGUACAACAUGCAUUAGCGCUGGUUCAAAAAUCUUUGAGGAAGUGGAAUUUGAAAAGCUUCUUGUUGAUGAGGCAUCUCAAGCAACCGAACCCGCGAUACUUGUUCCAAUGUGCCGAGGAAGUCGCGUAUUGGUGCUUGUUGGUGACGACAAUCAGCUUCCGCCUACAAUAAAAAAUAACGAAAAUAAACAGCUUGGUGAUACGACGUUUAGUCGCCUUCGGAAGUUUGGUUAUCCUGUUCACCUUUUGGACACACAAUACAGAAUGCAUCCUUGUAUUUCAGAAUUCCCUUCUACAACAUUUUACAAGGGAAAACUGAAGAAUGGUGUGACGGAGAAGGACCGUCCAAUUCCCAAGGGAUUUUCUUGGCCUGAUAAGACGAGACCGCUUGCAUUCGUGACUAUCCUAAAAGACACGGAGAAACGGUCCGGUCGAUCAAGAAAGAAUCUUAAAGAGGCAGAGAUCGUCAAACGCGUGGUUGAUGAUGUGAUAAUAGCUGGUGAUCUUUCCAAAGAGGAAAUUGGAAUUGUUACACCUUACUCUGCACAGGUUAAACUCCUGAAGGAGAUGAUACAGAAGAAUUACCAGGGCAUUUCUGUAAGAAGUGUUGAUGGAUUUCAAGGGCAAGAACGCGAGCUUAUUAUAUUUUCUGCCGUCCGUUCAAAUGAUGUUGGUAAACUUGGCUUUCUUGAUGACGAUAAAAGGAUGAAUGUUCUUCUGACUCGAGCUCGUAGAGGUCUCAUUGUUAUUGGAAAUGGUAGCACGUUAGCACAAAACGAUUCCACCUGGAAGAAAUGGGUCAACUGGAUGGAAAAAGAAAAAUUGAUUAUUGACUCAGAAACGCUGUUCCCAUCAUCAUCUGAAGGAUUAGGAAUGACUGCAGGAAGAGGAGGGAGGGGUGGAGCGAGAGGAAGAGGAGGAAGAAUACCGGCAGAAAAUAGUCGUGGAAGGGGAACACGUGGAAGAAGAGGGAAGAUUAGAGGGACUCAGAGGUUCAAGUAAUCACAGACACAAAAUUUAAGCAGACACAAAAUUAAAGGUGAUCUUCCCUAACGACAGGCAUCUGUCCAUAUUUCAUCUGAUAGUGAAGUCAUGAAAAAUUCACGGGAUAGUUCAGUAUUUUUGAUGUAUGAUCCUACAGAAGGAUUAACUAGUCUAAAUUCCUGACUUAACCUCCCUUCCUAGAUUAGUCCAAACGCAUAGUCUGUCGUCUUCAUCACCCUAGUACUGAUUAUGAACUAAACGUAUAAAUAUUCGUCCCAAAUGAAAAAGGUCCCAAAUGAUAAAAUGCAUAAAGUUAU